AGGUAGGCUAUGGAAUAUGAGUGACAUGGCUAAGCCCCACCUCUCUUCUCUGCUCUCAUGCACUGCGAAGCAGUUGCGGUGCGUGAAACAAGUCCGGCGGGGGACGAACGUUUUCACAACUGAACUUUGAGACGCUUUUUGGAUUCUUCAAUGAGCUCGUCUAGGCACUUGUAGCGGCGGCUAGGAGGGAAGACGGGACAGGGGGAGCACUACAGGAAAACUACCUGAGUUUUCUCUUCCAGUCGUGAUUCAAAAUGAAAUUCUGGAUUUGUGUACUCGCUGUCAGCUGGGCAGUAGAAGCGACACUCGGGGGGACGACAGGAGAACCGUGUAAUGGGUUGGACUGUAGUGGGGGAUGCAACUGUAAUCCAGAGAAAGGCAGCAGGGGGCGUCCAGGGGCCUUGGGGCCAGUAGGACCCAGUGGACCAGAGGGCUUCCCAGGUGACCAAGGGCCUUCAGGGCCCAAAGGAGAAAAGGGUCAUGUUGGACUCGGGGGCCCCUCUGGGCUGAAAGGAGAAAAGGGGCCUAUGGGCGUACCAGGGUUCCCAGGAACCGACGGAGUCCCAGGUCACCCAGGUGCGGACGGUGGCAGGGGUCUACCCGGAGCAGACGGGUGCAACGGUACCCAGGGAGAACCAGGUCCCAGAACUCUAAACAGUGGAAUACCUGGAGCUCCAGGACUCUCUGGUCCCACUGGUCCUAAAGGACAGAAGGGAGAGCCUGUAUACGUUGGACUCAGUGGGGGAGUUCCUGGACCGGAUGGUGUACCUGGUCCUAGAGGUCCAGACGGAGGUCCCGGUGACUUUGGCCCUCGAGGUCCUGAUGGAUUCCUGGGUGCUCCAGGCCCCCCCGGUCCCCCUGGCCCUGUAGGGAGCCCCAGUCUAGGGUUUCAGGGGGAGCCAGGAGACAAGGGCGAUGUGGGCCCGCAGGGAGACCCAGGCAGGCCCUUGGUCAAUGGAGUGGUGGAGUUUGUGGGCUUUCCUAAAGGAGACAAAGGACCUAAGGGGGAAGGGGGUUACAAAGGAGUGCGUGGACCAACUGGUAGACCCGGCCCACCUGGUCCUUUCGGCUUUCCUGGCGAGGUGGGAGAGAGUGGAAUUUUGGGGUAUCCAGGGGGACGGGGUCCUCCUGGUUUUAACGGGCCUCCCGGAUCUCCAGGAAGACAGGGAUUCACAGGAAGUCCAGGGUUCCCCGGCCAACCAGGCUACAGAGGACCUAAGGGUGACCAGGGAGAACAGGGGCCUCCCGGACCCCCGAUCUACACUGACGCACAAGGGAUGACUGUUCAAGGAGCACCAGGUGACAACGGCGUCGACGGCCUCCCUGGCCAACCAGGGGACGCAGGAGCUCCAGGGUUUCCAGGACAACCAGGACGACCAGGCGACUCCUUCGGCGAUGGUCGCGGAAGCAGCCCAGGGUUCCCUGGUACACCGGGUCCUAAGGGAGAGAGGGGUAACCCAGGCAGACAGAGCUAUGGUCCUGAGGGCCAACCAGGAGGACAAGGCUUACCAGGAACCCCUGGACCACCCGGACCACCAGGCAGAUCUGUAGCCAACAUCCAAACCGACUUGUUCGACAAUCUACCAGGAAUGCCAGGACGACCAGGAGCCCAGGGACCACCUGGAGCCAGUGGAUAUAAGGGACCCAAAGGGGAGCUGGGUGACUGUAACUGCCUGGGAGAAGGCACCUCGGGUGGGGUGGGGCCACCGGGUGCUCCUGGGUCUGAUGGAAGACCUGGGGGGUUCGGACGUAAAGGCGAGAGUGGAGACCCUGGCAUACCCGGUUUCGGAGGACAACCAGGAACACCUGGUCGUGCGGGUGAGAGGGGUUUCUUUGGGCGUAAAGGAGAGAAGGGGGCCUCCUUCUACCCGUCGUUCAGCCGGGGGAUCAAGGGUGAACUGGGGGCCCUGGGUCCUCAGGGCCCCCCUGGAGACAUGGGCCGACCCGGGAGAGAUGGACUGCCUGGGUUCCCUGGACAGCCUGGGCCUCCUGCUGAUGUCGAUGGCUACGGAACCGUUGGAGAGAGAGGUUUCCCAGGGUUCUCGGGGGCCAAAGGUCGCGCGGGUGAACCAGGAGAGAAUGGGAUUGGCUACCAGGGUACCGUCGGUACCCGCGGGUUGCCAGGCGACCCGGGCUUCACCGGGUUACCAGGGCAACCUGGUUUACCUGGCCCGCCAGGUGACAGCUGUGGGCAGGAGGGGGUUAAUGACGCAGAGGGAGGGUUGACGGUCCCUUGUCGUCUACCUGGCGAGGACGGAGAACCCGGCUACCCAGGAAUACCUGGAAGAACAGGUCCCAAGGGCGAGCCAGGUUUCCCAGGGGGUCCCGGUCGGCCCGGCUUUGAUGGAGGGAAGGGAGAGAGGGGAGACCCUGGCUUUGGAGGUCAGCCUGGACCACAAGGUUUCCCUGGCCCCAGAGGAGAUGCGGGCGUCCCAGGUAUCCCAGGCGAGGGCCGUCCAGGGGCCCCAGGGAAAAACGGGUUCCUGGGGAGGCCGGGGGAAAAGGGGCAGCCGGGGGAGGUUCUGGGGGCCUCAACAGGUCUCCCUGGAUCACCUGGGUUUCCCGGAGGACCAGGAGACAAGGGAGAGCGAGGAGCAUCGGGACCACCUGGAGGACCAGGUUUUGACGGGCGGUCCGGUGUUUCCGGCGCUAAGGGUGAGCGUGGUACCGAAGGCUACCCCGGAACUCCAGGUCUUCCUGGACUUCCCGGAGAGGGCAGACCGGGUGGAUUUCCCGGUCCUGCCGGACCAGCCGGAAGCAGAGGAUUAACCGGACCUCCAGGCUGUCAAGGCUACCCCGGUGUGAAGGGAGCCAGAGGUGAUGCAGGCUUUCCAGGCCCAGCUGGGAUGAAGGGACAACCAGGAGAACCAGGAGGCGAUGGCUCUCCAGGACUCAGGGGUCUUCCAGGACCACCGAGCCCCGGGGGAAGAGACGGCAUCCCUGGGGGACCAGGAAGAAAGGGCGAGAGCGGUUACCCCGGACUGGUGGGUUUCCCCGGAAUGCCAGGUAACCCUGGAAGACCUGGAGGUCCCGGAGGGAAAGGAGCUCCCGGAUUCUCAGGAAGAGACGGUCAGCCCGGAGAUUUCGGAGCGCCGGGACCUAAAGGUGACAGAGGUAACGCUGGUCCACCCGGCGCACCCUCUCUGCCCGUCAGAGUUGAGUACAUUGAGAAGGGACAGAUGGGCGACAAUGGUGCCAACGGUCUACCCGGUUUCCCUGGACCUAGAGGUGACAAGGGUUUCCCAGGGCUGCCUGGUCGACAGGGUUUGCCCGGGCUGCCUGGUUAUGCUGACAGGGCUAAAGGAGAACAAGGACUUCCUGGUAUCCCCGGACGCCCAGCCGGGCCAGGCUACCCAGGGCCUAAAGGAUCUCCCGGUAUCAUCGGCUUCCCUGGCAUGCCUGGACCUAGGGGUGACGAUGGCGAACCUGGUUUCCCUGGAAACCCCGGAGUCCUUGGUCAGCCAGGUGCCAAAGGUGAGAGAGGUGACUCGUCCGGCUACCCCGGAGGUCCCGGAGCUAAAGGUGAGGCCGGAACCCCUGGUUACUCAGGCAACCCAGGUGCUAAAGGAGCCCCCGGGGACAACGGUUUCGCAGGCGGCCCUGGGUUCAACGGACAGAAGGGAGCACCGGGAGAUCAAGGAAUACCCGGACAAAUGGGUACCCCUGGUUUCACCGGCGCUAAGGGUCUGAACGGAUACCCAGGAGGAAGAGGUCUAGACGGGACACCUGGACGCUCCGGCUUCCCUGGAACACCUGGAGAGAAAGGUCUGCCGGGAUCUCCUGGUCUUGAUGGGCUCAACGGACUGGCCGGACCCAAGGGUCUACCAGGAACCCCAGGUUAUAGUGAGGGGGGUCGUCCCGGCACUCCUGGAGCAGCCGGUCUGAAGGGAGAGAGGGGCUCCUCCAUCCCAGGUGGACCUGGGUACAACGGAGAGAAGGGAGCUAGAGGAGAGUCAGGGGGUCCUGGUGUGACGGGCUUCCCAGGACUGCCUGGUCUUCGCGGGGAGACGAUCAUUUCUAAUAUCCCUGGACCACUGGGAGACCCUGGCCUGCCAGGAAUCGAUGGAGAAGAAGGUUACCGUGGUCCUCCAGGCCCCCCAGGCCCACCGGGGCCCGGUACAGCCCAAGGGGACAGAGGCGACUCUGGGCUCUCUGGCAUCCCUGGUACCCCUGGUAACCGUGGAGACCCUGGGGGUCCAGGUGGCCCAGGACGGGACGGGAACCCUGGAUUCAAAGGAGAGAGAGGUGACUCUGGGUACAGUGGAGCAUCAGGACAAAUGGGCUUCCCUGGAGAUCCAGGAUACUACGGUGGGAAAGGACCCAAAGGAAGGAGAGGUGAUACUGGUCGUAAGGGACCCCAAGGUAUAACUUUCCCCAGGCCGGACAUUCCGACACCCUAUGGAGACAUGGGAGACCCCGGGACCAACGGAACUCCAGGGUCCGUGGGAGAAGCAGGCAAUCCCGGCAUGCCAGGCAGGGGGGGUCCUAAAGGCAGGCCCGGCGCGGUAGGGAAGCUGGGGAGGAACGGAGGGUCAGGCUUGGACGGACCUCUGGGAGACUCUGGUCCUCCUGGUUUCCCUGGACCUACCGGGUCACAAGGUCUGCCCGGUAAGCCUGGACUGCAGGGUCCCCCAGGUAGUGUGGCGCGCAGCAGGAGUAUUGGCUACACUCUGGUGAAGCACAGUCAGAACAACCAGGUGCCCAUGUGUCCUCAGGGCAUGGCUCAGCUCUGGGAAGGAUACAGUCUGCUGUAUGUUGAGGGGCAGGAGAAGGCCCAUAACCAGGACCUUGGUAUGGCAGGCUCCUGCCUUCCCCGUUUCAGCACUGUCCCGUUCCUGUACUGCACGCCCAACGAGAUCUGCUACUACGCCAGCCGCAACGACAAGUCCUAUUGGCUGUCCACCACGGCACCCAUCCCCAUGAUGCCGGUGGGAGAGGAGGCUAUCAGCCAGUACAUCAGCAGGUGCUCCGUGUGCGAGGCCUACUCCCAGCCUGUAGCUGUCCACUCACAGGACCUCACCAUCCCCACCUGCCCUGCCGGCUGGAGGUCCCUCUGGAUCGGGUACUCCUUUCUCAUGCACACUGCUGCCGGGGCUGAGGGCGGCGGUCAGUCCCUGUCCUCUCCAGGGUCCUGUCUGGAAGACUUCCGCGCCACGCCCUUCAUUGAGUGUAAUGGGGCCAAGGGCACCUGCCACUACUUUGCCAACAAGUACAGCUUCUGGCUGACCACGGUUGAGCCUAACCGGGAGUUCGACCCCCCUCCGAUGGACACACUGAAGGGAGGCAACCAACGCAGCCGAGUCAGUCGCUGUCAAGUCUGCAGCAAGAUCUUGUAGCUGGCAUAAGAGACGAAGAUGGAGAGAUGGGAAAUGAAAAAGAGAGAGACUGAAACAACAAAGGAGAGGGUGAUGAUUACUUAUCAGGAAGGAAAAGAGAGAGGUGGAGUAAUGGAAAUGCAAAAAAAAAAAACUCUGACUGACUGAAUUUGAGCACCUCUCCUGCUUCAUCUAGGGGUCUCACUAGGAGGGUGAGGGGCUCCCGAAUUAGCCGACGAGGGCCCUUCUGUGGGUUUAUGAUGCCCUUGUAUUGAUGUAAGACAGAAAGGGAUGAAGAGAUGAGCGGUCUUGUUCUAAACUAGAUUAUUACCGACAGUGGUGCUAUACUGUGUGUUUAAUGUGUCUUCAUUUUGUUCUUUUCACGUUACUAUGGUUAUGUGUCUGAAAACAUUCACGGCUACCUCGGAGAGUGCAACCCCAAACCACCCCUUUGGCCUGCACUGAACCGCUUUCACUUCCUGGGCUACAUCCCAAAUGGCCUAUAUAGUGCACUACCCAUAGGACUCUGGUCCAAAGUAGUGCAUUACAUAGGGAAUAUGAUGCUAUUUGGGAUGAAUACGUUCUCUACCGUUACAACUACAUGCAGUCAUGAACCUAAGAGACCUGCUACACAUACCUGUUAACUGCUAUAGCUAGCCAGCCGCUUUUUAUACUCAAACACACACACACACGUAUGAUAUCGAUUAUGUCUGCUUCAGUUAAGAGAAACAGUAAGUGUAUUACGAUAUAUGCUUGUGGUCCUAUUAGAAACCAAUAUGUUCUUUUUUUGUUGCUACCCUACCCUGGGACUCAACUUGACAACAGUUUUGAAAAAGACAAAUCCAUCACUUUUCAAAUAUUAGAAUGAGUGGCAUAGACAGAUCGAGUGAGGUAACGUCAUCCCAUGCCGAAUCACUUGAAGAAAUGGUCAUACUUCUAUUUAUAGAAGAUCCCAUUUAUGUGUAUGUGAAUGUAUUGCAGUAAUGCGAGUGCCUAUAAUUGGUAUAAAUCACAGGAGGCUGCUGAGGGGAGAACGGCUCACAGCAAUGGCAUGAACGGGGCGAAUGGUAUGGCAUCAAACACAUGGAAACCAAUGUGUUGCAUGCAUUUGAUAUCAUUCCACUUAUUCAGCUCCAGCCAUUAUUAUGAGCCAGUCCUCCCCAAUGAAGGUGCCACCAACCUCCUGUGGUAUGAAUGGAGUCAGUCUUUUCAGUUUAGCUACAGCGAUGGAGGUUGAAGGUUCUAACCACCAACAUCACCCCCCCCCCCAAUUCACUGCUGGAACACAAGCCAUCAACACUGAACACACAUGAUUAUUGUGACCAUGUCAUCUCCUUUAAGGAGCACUCCAUAAUUUGAGUUUCCACCUACAGUGAGACCCUAUUAGUGAAUUGUGUCAUUUAACUGUCACUGUGUUAGACAGAUAACAUAGAAUUAAAGUAACUCAAUGGCAGUUCCAUGUUCCCAAGACCCAACCCUUUGUUUACAAAUGCAGUUGUUAGGGGGGUUUCACACUUUGGGUGGAAACAGAUAUUGAAUAUUGCUACUUUAAACUCACCUCCUUCACUGACUAGAAUGGGUGAACAAGCCAAUCAUACAUUGCACCAAAUCAUGUUGGCUUUGUAAUUAUUUAGAACCAUCAUUUUCUCCAUGGUUUCACUCAGGUUAUCGAGGUGAGGAGAGUAAAUAUCUUCGCUCCAUUUUUUGUGACCAAAUUUGGGUUUUAUAAAACCCUCCACCACCCAUACUUGAGCCAAAACAUACAAGUACGCAGUAACUGCUUGGAAGGAAUCACAAACUAACAACAAACACACCACACACACAUUUUCCGUUACAAUAUUUGUUGUUGGACAGAAGCUCACCAUACAUUUUAUCAGAGCAAACGAUAAGGCCUACUGUGUUUCUGUAGUCCCUAUCUGCUCUCCUCAGUUGCUGUCAUGUCAAUGGAUGCGUUCCAGUGCGACUACAUUGCAGACGCCUGCGAGAUCUCAAAACACCUGGAUAGGUGAUUAAUAUAUCAGCUAACCACAUCAUAUGAUCUAGCAAUCUGACGCCAAUGCAACACCUGCAAUGUAGGUGGCCUGGAACGCAGCCACUGAUGUUAAAAGUGCUGGGUGACUUAAGUUGUAACCACUAUGACCACUAUGUCUAACACAUAGGCCCAUCUCUCAUUGGUAGCCCUGAGUACAUCUUUUUCAAUUAGAUUUUUUCUCAUUUGUUGUUCUUUUGUCUGUAAUCUAGAUUGUAAUUCUUAUACUUCACUGUAAUUAUUCCCUGGUUCAAAGGUUAUUUACAAAUACAUUUUGGGGAAUAUGAUUUGUACAUUCGAUGAUAGGAACAAACAAAAAAAGUUUAGGAUAUGUUUUAUAUGGAAAUAUAUAAUUCUAUGGUUAUAUUUGAAUGACACAAAAAGAUAAAAACACAUUUUUAUUGUCACUGUUUUGACACUGACCUCUGUUGAAUAUAUUCCACUGUCUUAAAAGGAAUUUUGAGAACCUGAAAUAUAACUAUUUUUCAUACAAAUCCACAUUUGACAUGUAUAACAGAGAUCUAUAACUGCAAUGAUUAUGCUACAUUUUCCUCAACAGAUUUGGUCAAAAGGUGCAGUGUUGUGUUCACAAUGAAAUAAAAGUAUUUACAACUAACACAGAUUCAGAAUGAAUGAAGAACAAUGAGUAGGAUUGUUUGAGAGAAAUUAAACAAAAUGAUAUACCACCUAUACAGAUCUAGACUACAAUAUGUUGUAAAAGGGUCCAAAUGAAAUGUAUGUUGUUUGAUGUCGUGGAUUUACCACAUUUGAAGAGUGCAACAUACCUAACCUAGUUGGUACUUAACACAGAACGUGCUGUGUGCUUAACAAGACAACAUUAAAGUAUAACACUUAGGUGAUAACACUUUUA